GAGCCGGCCACUCGCUGUGUGUUGAGGGUAACCCGGGGCUUCCCGGUACUCCCCAGUCUCUGUGUGCCCAUUUCACAGAUCGCUCUGGGCGCUGACCUCUCCGUCCGCGGCUCUGUCUGCAGCCACUUGAGACCAGACCACCCAGCUACGGACGGUCCCUGGGUCAGCAGCGGUCAGCGCAGUAGACACAGCGGAGAUCCGUGUCCUCGAGGGCCAGUCGGGAUCAGAGGUCCCGGAGACCACUGCUCAAACCGGCCCAAAGUUCGAGCUCCGAGGGUUCCGCCGGAACAAGUUGAGCAGUCAUAGGCGGAACCCAUCAUCGGGGAAGGCAGACCCUCCCUGGCAUUGCGGGCACGCUGCCUCGAAGAGCCCCUGUCCUGUAGGCAGAGCCUUGUAGUCUGUCAUAGUUAAUGAUGUGGGCCGUCUGACCAGCCCUCUUCUGUGCCUUGUCUGAGGUCCUUGUCCAUCCCCGAUCGUGGGCAGCUUCUCUCUCUGGGUUGGGUCAUCUUAAGCAGGGAAACUGAAGCCAUUACUCUCCAAACCCUGUUUCAUCUUCCCGAGCAUGUCGGAAAGCUGGCCGCAGCCUCCGCAGCCGCAGCCGCAGCCGCAGCCACAGCCGCAGCCGCAGCAGCCGCAGCCAUCGCAACCACAGCACCACGCAGAACCACCUCCGGCCCUAGGCGAGCAUGCGCUGCCCCCAGGCACGGCUGAGAACCCCUUGGGCUGUGCGGUCUAUGGCAUCCUCCUGCAGCCUGACCCGGGCCUGCAGCCCCCACAGCACGCGCCCUUGCAGGCAGCAGGUGAGCCGGGCGCCAAGUGCGGGGUGUGCGGUCACGACCUGGCACACCUGUCCAGCCCGCAUGAACACCAGUGCUUGGCGGGUCACGACCGCUCAUUCCAGUGCACACAGUGUCUCAAGAUAUUCCACCAGGCUACUGACCUGCUAGAGCACCAGUGUGUGCAGGCUGAGCAGAAGCCUUUUGUCUGCGGCGUCUGCAAGAUGGGCUUCUCGCUGCUCACCUCACUGGCGCAGCACCACAGUGCGCACACUGGCACCGGUGGCCUUGUGAAAUGUUCUAUCUGUGAGAAGACCUACAAGCCCGCCGAGGUGGCCGAGCCAGCGGCCACUGCUGCCGCCUCGCUGCCCCCAGCUCCCCCACCCCCCGCUGUCGCCCCUGACAAACCCUAUAGCUGCCCCAUCUGCCAGAAGCCCUUCAAGCACCUGUCGGAGCUGUCGCGGCACGAGCGGAUCCACACGGGUGAGAAGCCGUACAAGUGCACGCUUUGUGACAAGAGCUUCAGCCAGUCGUCGCACCUGGUGCACCACAAGCGCACGCACAGCUCCGAGCGGCCCUACAAGUGCGCCGUCUGCGAGAAGACCUUCAAGCACCGCUCGCACCUGGUGCGCCACAUGUACGCGCACUCGGGCGAGCACCACCUGUUCCGCUGCAACGUGUGCGAGCUGCACUUCAAGGAGUCAUCGGAGCUGCUGCAGCACCCGUGCAUGCCCAGUGCCGAGCGGCCCUUCCGCUGCGGCGAGUGCCAGAAGGCCUUCAAGCGGCCCUCCGACCUGCGGCAGCACGAGCGCACGCACAGCGCCGAGCGGCCCUUCAAGUGCGACCUGUGCCCCAUGGGCUUCAAGCAGCAGUACGCACUGAUGCGGCACCGGCGCACGCACAAGACCGAGGAGCCCUUCAAGUGCGGCCUGUGCGAGAAGGGCUUCGGGCAGCCCAGCCACCUGCUCUACCACCAGCACGUGCACACCCUGGAGACCCUCUUCAAGUGCCCCAUGUGCCAGAAGGGCUUCGACCAGUCGGCCGAGCUGCUGCGGCACAAGUGCCUGCCCGGCGCCGCCGAACGGCCCUUCAAGUGCCCGGUGUGCAACAAGGCCUAUAAGCGGGCGUCGGCCCUGCAGAAGCACCAGCUGGCCCACUGCUCGGCGGCCGAGAAGCCCCUGCGCUGCACCCUGUGCGAGCGCCGCUUCUUCUCGUCCUCUGAGUUCGUGCAGCACCGCUGCGACCCGGCCCGCGAGAAGCCGCUCAAGUGCCCGGACUGCGAGAAGCGCUUCAAGUACGCGUCGGACCUGCAGCGGCACCGGCGUGUGCACACUGGCGAGAAGCCCUACAAGUGCCCCAAUUGCGACAAGGCCUUCAAGCAGCGCGAGCAUCUCAACAAACACCAGGGCGUGCACGCCCGCGAGCAGCAGUUCAAGUGCGUGUGGUGCGGCGAGCGCUUCCUGGACGUGGCGCUGCUGCAGGAGCACAGUGCACAGCAUAGCGCCGCUGCCGCCGCCGCCGAGGGCGCCUACCAGGUAGCCGCCUGCCUGCCCUGAGUCUCCACAGUGGCCGCCACCAGGCCCAGCCUCGCCUCCUUGUACUAAGUCUCCACACCGCUCAUGUGUUCCGAGGUCCUGUGUCUGAGGACAGAAGGGCACCGGGCAGGCGGAGGAGCCAGAUUGCUGUGACUGGUCCUGAUUCCACAAACCUCUUUCCCAUUACAGGAUUUGCUUUCUUGAGAGCCAUCACCCUUCCUUGUCUCUGGGGGCCUGGAACCAGACUGGAAGUCAAGUGGCCUUUCUCGACCCCAAGAAGGCGUUGGUGCCAGCCCAACCUUCCCAAACAUCUUAGCCUGAUUAGAACCAGAUGGGUUAGGAAAGAGGAUGGUCAUGAUAGGACCCGUAGAAGGGCUGGACCCCAAAGGUGGGCUGGAUGUGGGGCAUCCCCCUUCGAGUUGCUGUUUGAGGGAGAAGGCCGGCUUCUCCAUGUAGUGUUGGGGACCAGGAGGGCAGACCGUGAGCCACAGGCCUCCGUGUCUGCUCCAGCCAGGGAGAUGCAUCCUCCAGGUUUCCGACAGGUGAGGCGUACAGGAGGGCUCUGUACGCCUCUGUGGGCUUGGUCUGCCGGGAGAGCAGUUGGCCUAGCCAGAAGGGCGGGGGCAGAGAAGUUCUGUGACACACGCAGCCAAGGACGGCGCCCAGCAGGACAGGGACAGCCUUUGCACCGUGAUAGCAGCACGGUUCCAAGCUCCACAGCCAGGAACUGUGCUCUCAGCCAGACAGAAUGCAGAUGUGCGAGAAGGGGAUUGUUAGACCACCUGGUGCCUGGGAGGAAGCUGGGCCACGCCCGUGAUCUUCCCAGUGGAUGUGGACAGUGGUGUCCCGCUCCCUGAAUUGUGUGAACCAAAGUGUCAAGGGCGUGGCCCCAAUCAACUCCCAGCCCUGCUUCAGGACCAAAACCAGGCCUGGGGACCCAGGGUGGGGUGAGCGAAAGGACUGUGUGAAUGGCCUCUGACCACACAGAGCCCUCUCAGCCCAUGGGAACCCUCCCCCAUCAGGCUGGCCGCUGGCCUGGGCCCCAGGGAUCUCUCAUUGCCAAGAUGGCACGGACGACAUCCAGCUACUUCCAAGGCCAGAGAAUGCUCCCUUGGGUCUUCUUAGGGUCCCCCAAGUCUCUGGCUAUCCACAGGGCUGAGGGUAUUCAGGGCACAGGGAACAGGCAAGGGAAGAGGGUUGUUAAGAAAUUAGUAGGUGGACAGAGUUGACCGAUGUCACUGGAUGGCCGGCACACUCCUUGAGAAGCCCAGGGGACAUAUAGUAUCAAAAUAAUCAUUCGAACCCAGCUCGGCCCCUUUCCUCUUCCAGCCCCCUUCAGUGGUCAUGGAUCUUAAAAGAAGACUUUAAUCAGUGCAGGGGCGCAGAGGAGCAGGGAAUCCUGCCUUGGCCGAGUCUCACCUUAAGAAAUCUGAGAAGUGCACAUCUGUCUCCUGCAUCUGACUGGGUUCCUUUCCUAUGCCUGCAGAGAGGUCCUACCCCUUGGUGCUGGCUCUUAGUCUCAAUGCCUCAAAAGACAUGGACCCCAGGCUGACAACAGUCCCAACUGCUAAUUCUUUCUUUUCAUUUUGCUUUCUAAAAGCAGUUGUUAUACUAUUCAUAACAUUGUAUAGUUUAAUUUCAUGUCAUUUUGGAUCUUAUAUAAAAGCGAGAAUUUGGAUUUUUAAAAAGAAUGACUCCAUUUUAGAUAGCCCCUUUUGAUGUUAAUAUAUAGUGAGUCCAAUGUAUGCUUUAGAAGUAAAGACAUUGACCAUCACAGACCAAA